CCCUCCCCGCCCCGCCCCGCUCCGGAAGCGGCAGUAGGUGACGGCCGGCCCGGCCCGGCGGCAGCGCGUCCUGUUUCUAGUUGUGCGUUUGGGGCCGUCAUGGAGCACAUCCGCACCACCAAGGUAGAGCACGUGAGAUUACUGGAUAGGUUCAGCACCAGCAAUAAGUCUCUGACGGGAACUCUGUACCUUACAGCAACUCAUCUGUUGUUCAUAGAUGCAAACCGGAGAGAGACUUGGAUAUUACAUCAUCACAUUGCUGCAGUGGAAAAACUUCCCUUGACUACUUCUGGCUGCCCCCUUGUCAUCCAGUGUAAGAACUUCAGAAUAGUCCACUUUGUUGUUCCCAGGGAGAGGGAUUGUCACGACAUUUAUAACUCCUUACUUCAGCUGUCAAGAACAGCAAAAUAUGAAGAACUGUAUGCCUUCUCCUAUAAUCCAAAGCAAAAUGAAUCUGAGCAAGUCAAAGGUUGGCAGCUUAUUGAUCUAGCAGAAGAAUAUAAGAGAAUGGGAGUGCCAAAUGAUUACUGGCAGUUGUCUGAUGCAAAUCGUGAUUAUAAGAUCUGUGAAACCUAUCCUAGAGAGCUUUAUGUUCCCAGAACUGCAAGCAAGCCCAUAAUCGUUGGUAGCUCCAAGUUCAGAAGCAAAGGAAGAUUCCCAGUGUUGUCCUAUUAUCAUAAAGAUAAAAAGGCUGCAAUUUGCAGAUGCAGCCAACCUCUCUCAGGCUUCAGUGCCAGGUGCCUGGAAGAUGAGCACAUGUUGCAAGCAAUCAGUAAAGCAAAUCCUUCAAAUCGCUACAUGUAUGUUAUGGACACCAGGCCAAAGCUUAAUGCAAUGGCAAACAGAGCUGCUGGGAAGGGCUAUGAAAAUGAAGACAACUACUCUAACAUUAGAUUCCAGUUUGUUGGAAUUGAAAAUAUUCAUGUAAUGAGAUCCAGCUUACAAAAACUUUUGGAAGUCAGUGGCACAAAGGGGUUGUCUGUCAAUGACUUCUUGUCUGGUUUGGAGAAUUCUGGAUGGCUGCGUCAUAUCAAAGCUGUGUUGGAUGCUGCUGUAUUCCUAGUCAAGGCAAUAGCGGUUGAGAGCGCAAGUGUGUUAGUGCACUGCUCCGAUGGCUGGGAUAGGACGUCCCAAGUUUGUUCCCUUGGAGCUCUCUUACUAGAUUCCUAUUACAGAACAAUCAAGGGGUUCAUGGUCUUGAUAGAGAAAGACUGGAUUUCUUUCGGGCACAAGUUCUCUGACAGGUGCUGUCAGUUGGAUGGUGAUCCAAAAGAGAUCUCACCAGUGUUCACUCAGUUUUUAGAGAGCGUGUGGAAUCUGACUGAGCAGUUCCCACAAGCCUUUGAGUACAAUGAAGCUUUCCUCCUUCAGAUCCAUGAACAUGUCCACUCGUGCCAGUUUGGAAACUUCCUUGGAAAUUGCCAAAAAGAGCGAGAAGAACUGAAGUUAAAAGAGAAGACGUAUUCCCUGUGGCCUUUCCUUCUAGAUGAACAAAAGAAAUACCAGAAUCCUCUGUAUAAUCCAAAUUUUUCUCCAAAUCUAACUCUUUUGGAGCCUAAUACAGUGUCAUUCAAUUUCAAGUUUUGGAGAAAUAUGUACCAUCAGUUUGAUCGAAGCAUGCAUCCCAGGCAGUCUGUGUUUGAUCUCAUCAUGAACAUGAGUGAACAAAAUAAACAACUGGAGGAAGACAUUAAACAACUGGAAGCUAAAAUAAAGCAGAAAAAUGGGCAGUCAGAUGUAGCCCUUCUGAAGGAGCAUCGGCAGUCUGCUCACCCUGCACCUGUGGCACUGAAAACCCCUCCGUGCUUCAAGAAGGACCAGCCUCUGAUCCCCUUGAAUGAUGCUGUGAGAACUAUAGAGGGCAGCAACACAGCAGACAAUCGCUACAGUGAAUUCAUGGAAGAGCUUUCAAAAGCCGAGCCUGCUAUUGUCAGCUUGGAGUACGGAGUGGCCAGGAUGACCUGUUGAAAUCUGGCACAGUGCUCCUCUGCUCUGGACUGGCUGAGUUAAAAGAUGGAUUGUUUUUGAGGAUGGGCCUGUGCUGCAUGACCAAAACGUGAUUUGUAUAUCGGCAAGUUUUGUUGAUGUAGACUAGAACAGCAUGCUAGUUGUCAGGUGUUUGCUGUUCUUUAUAUGCAUAAAAAAGGUGUAGUUGCCUCUAUUUCUUUUCAGAUACCCUUGGUAAGUAGUGACUAAAAAUCAAGGAGUGGUAUGGUUGGUAUGUCUUUGGACUUGAGUCAGUUUGCACUAAAUUAAAAUGGUAAUCUUACUUUAUUUGGUGUAGGAAAACACAGGCGGUCUUUCACAAAUUGAUUUUAUCUGGGUGAGAAAACUUGAACUUUCUAUUCUGGGAACUGAAGCUAUGUGUGCAUACAUCACAUGGUAAAAUCAUGUAUACUCCUGCUAAAUGUCACCCGGUACCAUCAUUCAAUAUAUUAAGUGCCAUGGAAAAGCAUAAUAUAUUUCAAAUCAUAAAUUGUUGGCCUUAAACCUGUCAGAUCAGUGAUAUUGGUGUCUGUGACUACUGCAGUCCAUAACCUGAUUCUGUUUACGCUGUAUUUGCUCAAAGUGUUCUUUCCUUAAAACAGGAUUGAAUAUGGGGAAUGAAGCAUGCCUAAGCUGGCGUAGCCUUUCAGCAAAUAGCUAUAUGAAUGUUAACUUAUUACUGAAGAUUGUUCUUUCUUCCAGUUCCUCUAUUGUUUAAAGUAAUGGUAGAUUGGCCCGAUUUUGUUCUCUGGCAGUCAGUAGAUUGAGCAUAAUUGAAGCCACAGGUCAUGUGUUUGAUCUUGAAUGUUUUGAUUUGUAGCAAGUACUUCUCUGUAGAAGAAAGAGAGUAAAACACAUCAGAAAAAACUUGGCCAAUAUCUGAAUGAAACUUGACUAUUCAGACUGCUUAACUGUGUGCUGUGCAGUUGUCCAAGAUCCAAGAACGGAAGCGGGAAUCUUGGAUGUGUCUCUGACGUUGCUCCCAAGUACAAAAAAAGUCUUCAAUUUGUGUGUCUGAAGUUCGUGAGAAACUGAGUGCCUCAUAAUAAACCUUUCUUUAAGAGGAAACUCUAGUUACUAGGCUCCCUCUUACCUUGUGAAAACCUGUCCAACCUGUGCAUUUUCAAGCAAUUGAAAUACAUAUUCAUACAUAUCUGGAGAUAUGUGGUUAGGCACACUUCAUCUAGCAGAAUAUAGUGGACUUCCUGACAUGUAAGGGGGGGCGGGGGUGGAAGGAAAACCUGCCGUAUGUAAACGUAAAUCUGUCUGUAGCCUUCUAGUAAGGGAGAAGGUUUCUGUCAACUUCUAUCUUAUGAUUGAUUUUUUGAGCAGGUGACAGAACAGGGAAGUAUGUCAAUGCCCAGAUCUUUAGUGGAUGUACAAAAAACUUUGGGUAUUAAGGUCUCUCGAUUAAUCCCCUGGUUGUUUAUCUUUUGGAUUUAAAUCCUUUUUAGUUACGUGUGAAAACAAGUUUAUUCUCGUCCUAAUCCCUGAAGUCUCUUCUAUUAAAAUUACUUGACAUAAUUGGCAGUUGUCCCCUUGGCACGGGAUUAGGUGCAGGACUCAUUAAUAGGACUGGUGUUGGUGGUGGUUGAGUUGCACUUGUGAAGUUGUGUGGGUGAAGUUAACUCUGACCCCUGUAUUUGGUGAGUAUAAGUCACUGUUUCACUAUCUUGUUUUCUAGAAGUCUAUAAAUGUAAAUAAAGGUACAUAAGUCUUUUUAUUCUCCAAGAGAUGGUCAUAUCUAAGCUACCUUAUCCAUGUUUUGAUUUUUUUCUACCACAGUUUUGAUUUUCACAUUUGCACGGUGGUGCCUUACAGGGUUACAGUGAGAGGUUUCUGUGCCUUGUUAGUUGUUGUCUGCCCUUCACCUUCUGUAUCGGCUCGAUUCUCUGGUUUUCCUUUGAAAAACAUCUCGUAUGUUAAGCUUAUGUUGUAUCACACUAGUGAAACAAGCAUCACUGACAAUAUAGGCAAGUGGUAUCAAUUUGUAAUGUUUAAUAUUUAGCUGCUCUUAUGUGCCAUGUACAUUUUCAUAUUUAUUGUUUAGAGUUUAUGGACUCAAAAGAUUAUAUUAAGCUUUUUUGAAAAUGCUGUUGUAUGUGGUUUUUCCUUUAUGAGCCAUCUGAGUAUACCCCUGUAUAUAAGGCUUUUUAAAAGAUAAUCUUUCAGUACUGUUAAAGCGAUCUUAUUUCAGUCUUCAGGCCUUUUUCACUGGAAGAGGUCACUUAGAGAAAACAGCUGGGAUGCCUUUUUAUAUCAGAAAUCGAGGUAGACAUAUUAAGUUAGCCUUAAAAGGCAUAAAAACUGUUUCUUCACCAAAAAAAAAAUACAGUACUUCCUGGAUCAAAGUAUUUUGCUCCAGUCAGUAUGUGAUAGUUACGUAAGGUGGUUGCACAGAGCAGCCUCCAACAGCUCUGCCGGCUCAGCCCCCAGGGUCAGCAGUGUGAGAAGGUCCUGCAGGGAGGCAGCUGUCUGUUCUCCUUUGCUGCCCAGGCUCAAGCCAAAGCUACCUUACAGCACACGGACCUGUGGCGAAGGAAAUAGAUGGCAGCAAAGCGAGCUCCGGCGCGGAGCUUGGCAGGGUGGCCAGCACUCAGCAGGGCUGUGCUGUGUCCUCAGGAAAUCAGCUGAGGGCUGUGGCAGGAGCAUUCCGAGAGGAGAAGGAAUUUUGAUUUGUAGUGAAGGGGAUGAGUUUGUCUUUAUCACGGACAUCUUGUUUCAGGAGCGAUUACGGUACAAAAAGAUGCCCCGCACAGCUCAGGAUUGUUUCCAGAGGCGUCUCUAACUUUGUAGCUGCUGCACUGACCAAGUGGGAAUACGAUGGCCCAGACAGAAACUUGCUGUGGCUGAUUCUGCUUCAUUGGCUGCGUGAACUUGGCACCUGUUGAUUCUGUGCUUCAUUAUAAGAAGGUCAUGGUAAAGCCUUUUUUUUUUUUUUAGGUUUUUUUCCUCUCUCUAAUCAGAACACUACUGAGGAGAGAUUGCACUUCUAACUGACAAGCUGGUAGCCUCACCUGAGCAACUAAAGCUGUCUUUAUGUUAUACUUCAGGCAACUUCAGAUAUGUAUGUCACUAGUACAGAAAGAGUUCAGGUUAUUUUUGUAUGGUUGCCUAUUGUCACAAUGUAUUCUUUCAAUACAAGUUUAAAUAUCCAACUGGUCUGUUUUGUAGGACAACUGCCAAAUCAGCGGACUACGAAAUUAAUUAAGCAACGCUACACUGAGCCUGUGCAUUUUCCACGCACCCAAUUACUAGUGACCUAAAUGGAGGGCAAAAGCCUGAAGUCUAGAGCUCGCUUAGAGAAGCGGUCCUUCCAUAAAGCUGCACGUCUCUAUCUUAUGUGGAACAUAUGUCCUAAAAUAAUGUCGGAUAGGGUAAAAGCUAUUAUGAAUCAAGCUGCAACAGUGUGGCGUGCUUCUUACUCAUUGUAAGCACGCUGGAGAAGGCCUUUCAGGGAAGGGGGAUGUGUUUCUCUGUAGCUGCCUUUCAGGGAAGGGGGAUGUGUUUCUCUGUAGCUGCUGUUUUCUGGAGGCCUUUUAUUAAACAGUAAUACCCAGCCGAGCUCUGGGAACUUGCCGCUCCUGUUCUGGUAAAGCUAACACACAAUGAAAAUGCGUUGUUGCAGUCCCUGAGCUCCCUUACAAAAGAGGGGAAGUGGGGCUGGCAUGGCUUGAUUUAACUACUAACCUCUUGAGGAAAUUACUUAAGUGACUUAAAUUCUGGGUUAAAAUAGCACAGGACCCAUGCUGUUAGCACCUCUCUUUGAAGUUCUGCCCUGCUGUUGAGCAAGUGUAGUUGAUUUAAAUCUAGUUGAUUUAAAGAUGACCCAAAUUCAGGCUCGGUCACUCCUCCCUGCUGCUGGUAGUUGAUUCAGCAUUUGGUCAGAACCUAAAGCCUGCUCUUAAGACUCAGUAUUUAGUAGCUGUUGGUUCUAAGCCUGUAGCUGGUUGUAAACAGCAGUCAUGAAACCUGCUUUACCCUUUAGAUUAGAUCUUUAUACCUGGCUGGUCUGCUUUGAUCGCUUCCACCAUUUAUGCUGCAUUGUUCUUUAAGCACUGCUUGGUAUGGUGCUUGAUGCAUCUUUCAGAUAGAACAGACUCCUUAACAUGUCAAAAACCUGAAAGUGCUGCAGUUUUCCUCCAGUACUCUGAAAGUUUGGCUCAGCCUCAGUGAGCAGUGUGGGUGUGCUGAUGUUUGGUCGAGUUGGCUUGACCUGCCUACAUGUUAAGCAGCAUUCAAAAUCAAUUCAACGAUGCAGCUUCUGCGUGCACAGCAGGCUGAAAGGGAAGGAUGCGGUCAGCCCUGCUGUGAGCCCAUAGCAGGGAGCGGCACCCUGCUGGGACGCUGCUUGCAAAAAGCAGAAGCAGUAGAGCUGUUCUGAUGGCCAGCAGCAUCAGGGGUAUGAAGGGGAAGGUCAGGGCUGCACUUCUUGGUCAGUUUCCAGGUUCCGAUGAAUUAAAAAAAAACAUUCUGGUAAACAUAGCUGAGUAAUUCCAUGCUGGCAUCAAAUGCUAGAAUAGAUAUACAUCUACUUCUAGUAGUUAAUGGCAUGGUAGUGAUUUUGAAAUUGGAGUGUAGCGUUUCAUUUAAUCUUGUUUAGAGUUUAACUCUUGAGGUCAGCUAUGUGCUGUUUGCAUUUAAGUGGGAUUACAAGCUUUGACAUAUACUGUAACAUCUUUCCUAUCUUACUGGCAAUGUUGGCGUGUACGCACCUCGUGCUUCGUGUCUCUGCACAUCUCUGGCGAGUAGGCAGCCUUUGUGAAGUGCAUCCCAGGCUGCCCCACAGCAGCAUUCCUCGAUACCUGGCGUUCUGUUUGCACCCACCCACGCUGGCUUGCUCGCUUUGUCUUCCUGUUGCUCUUCAGUCUUACCAUUUACCCUCGCAAGCUGUUGAAACCCCUUGACAAACAACUUUCCGUCAAAGAAAGCGGGUUGGUUUUUCUGGCUCUCAGGGAUUUUUACCCCUGAACUAGCAAACUUGAAAAAUACUGCUUGUUUUCCCUUCCAGGGCUUCUGAGUGCCUCCUCACUUCCGCGGUCAGUUCACUUAUGGCAUUUUACCUUCAGACCUGGCUACUAAAAGAAAUCAUUUAAAUGCUGGAUGUGGCAAGGGGAAGGAAAACUCCUUUCAUUGCGAUGUGUCUGGAAGGCCCGGCUGUCUUAAAGAUUGUUUAUUGCUCUGUAAAAGUCAUUUAUCUGUGUGCUGGGGUGACGCUUGGCGUAUAUUCAUGGAGAAACUUCAGUAAAUGGAAUUUUGUAAUGAACAUGUUAUUUGUACAUGUUUUUGAAAAUCCAUAAAGCUUAAAAUAAAAUGAUCUUAGUACUGCCAAUCUAA